GUCUUGUUGGUUGUCGCGUUCGUGUGCGCGCACUGAGAAAAACGGAACGCCACCGUUGCACUUUCCGUUGCAAUUUUGAUAUAUUGUUCGAGUCGCCCGAUUUCUAAGUUUUGCCCGUGAAAUCUUUUGCAGUAAUAUGUUGCCUUUAAAUCAAUUGGGAAACCAGCAACCAAAGUUAACGCAACGUUUCUAAAACUUAAAGUCUAAAUACCAAAUAAAAAAUAAAAACAAAUACAAAAUACAAAGUUAUAAACAAAACCAAAAGUGGCCUGCAAAACGAAGCAACCAAAACAACCAAGAAAUGUGAUUCAAAGUGUGCAAUGUAACCAAAUUAUUAGUAAAAACCUAAAUAAAAAAUAAAACAAAAACCAAAGGAAAGGAAAAGCCGUGAAAAAUCAGCGGAAAAACCAAAGCCUGGCCAAAUGGAAAUCAAGGAAUCGGGAAGCCAAUCGAAUAGCCAACUAGCAGCCAACGUGGCCAAUGAUUAAGGGAACACUUUGUUAGCCAACUCGUAGUAGCAGCAUCCCCCCGUCCACACACAUAACACCCAGAACACAGCAACACACAGAACCAUUCGACCUCCCUCGCAGCGCUCGAUGCCCGGAAAGAAGGCGUUGGAGCAACAAUUAUAGAAUAGACAGUCAGAAAACCACAUCAGCAUCUGAACUCCGAACUCCGAACUCCCAGCUCUGAACUACUAGCUCCAGCUCCAAUUCAAUCUCAAUCCCGAGCCACAGCCCCCAACAUGGACAUCAAGAUUGAGCAGCAGCAGCAGCAGCAACAACAGCAAGUGGAGCUGGGACCCUGCUCCCCAUCGGAGGUGCCCAAUGAUCCCGGAAAAAUGUUCAUUGGCGGCCUCAGUUGGCAGACAAGUCCAGAGAGCUUACGCGAUUACUUCGGACGUUAUGGUGAUAUCUCAGAGGCUAUGGUCAUGAAGGAUCCCACGACGCGCAGAUCCAGAGGCUUCGGCUUUGUCACAUUCAGCGAUCCAAAUAGCGUAGAUAAGGUACUCACCCAAGGCACACACGAGCUGGAUGGCAAAAAGGUCGAUCCGAAAGUAGCUUUUCCGCGCCGUGCACAUCCCAAGAUGGUGACGAGAACGAAGAAAAUCUUUGUGGGCGGCCUCUCGGCGCCCACCACACUGGAGGAUGUCAAAAGUUACUUCGAACAGUUUGGUCCGAUCGAGGAUGCCAUGUUGAUGUUUGAUAAGCAGACCAAUCGGCACAGAGGUUUUGGCUUCGUUACAUUUCAAAGCGAAGAUGUGGUAGACAAAGUUUGCGAAAUUCAUUUCCACGAGAUAAACAACAAAAUGGUCGAGUGCAAGAAGGCGCAGCCGAAGGAGGUGAUGCUGCCGGCCAAUCUGGCCAAGACGCGGGCUGCCGGGCGUUCCGCAUACGAUAACAUCAUGUGGGGACUGGGGACAUUGCCCGAAGGUUUUCCGGCAGCUGCCUAUGCUGCUUAUGCCGCUGGUCGCGGUUACUCGGGCUAUCCCAGUUUUGGACUGCCCUAUCCAACUGUUGAUCUAACCAAUGGGCAGCUGACACCCAACAACAAUACACCGCUGCUGACCCAGGCGCUGUCAGUGAUGAACAACUAUCAGGCGGCUGCUGCGGCCGCCCACAGCUACGGACCGUCGGCAUCGCCUCAUGCCGCCGCCGCCAAUACGGCCACCCGGCAGGGAUUUCCCUCGACCAACUCGCCUGGCCCCACCAUCGACAUGUACAGCUCGGCGGCCGCCGAUAAUGUGGGCUAUGUGCAGGCCACCAGCCCGCAGCCGUCCGGCUUCCCCAUCGCCGUCAGCCGCGCCCCGUUGAACUACAGCCCGGGACCACUAAUUCCUGCGGCAUUUACAAAUGGAUACCAUUAAAAGGUGGCGCCGACAACCGCAAUGACAACAACAACAACAACAACAACAACAAGCAGCAACAGCAUCAGCAGCAGCAACAACAAUAUUAAAACAACAACAACAGGAGCAACAAAAUGCAACAGCAACUUUAGCAACAAAUGACAGACACACACACUCACACUUACACUCUCACACACCGACACUGCAGUGCUGCAACCACAGAGCGCAAAAAAAAAAAAGAAGAAAUAAUUUAAAAUUAUAUAUACCUGCAUAUAUAUAAAUAUAAAUCAAAUAAAGUACAUAUUACAUAUUUGUGUAUUUCCACAUGGCAAAAUGAAAUCCGUUGAGCAAGAAAAACCGAGACAACUGCAAGAGCAACAAACAAUAAACCAAACACACAUAUUAUAAUUAAUUAAUUAACGUAUAUUACAAAUACGUACAUAUAAACGCAUGGCAGAAAAAAAAAAAAACCAAAAAAGAACAUAAAAAAAAGUUAUAUAUAUAUAAAAAAGCGAUGAGGACGAACUACGGGCGAACACAAACAGAAAAAAAAUUAAUUUUAAUUUAACAACCACUACAACAACAACAACAAGAGCAGCAGCGGCAAGAACAACGCUCGGCCCCGAAAGAUGCAACGUGUGCAGCAAAAAUCGUUUAAAAUGCAAAUUAAACGGAAACUGUGCGUCCAACUGGAGUGGAGUGCCAUCGCGGUGGGCGGCUGUGGGCGACUGUGGCGGCGGCAUGGCAGAUGGGCGUGGCCCUGCUCACACAGCAAAAAAUCGGAGGCCUCCUCUUUCCAUGCCCAAACGCCCACCGCCCUUUGGAUGACAACCAGGCCAAAAGGGGCGUAACCACUUUUAAGUAAUGAGAAACCAACAAACGAAAGCAAAAAACCAAAAACACAAAAAAAGGAAAUCACAAAAAAAAUAUGAGGGGGUUACUAAUAAAAAACGAUAGAGUUGAAAACAAAAAAAAAAAGAUUAUGCGAAAAUGUUGCAAUAAUAGCAAAAAUGUUAUUAUUUAAUUGCGUAUUAUUAAAGGCAAAUUAUUAUUACCAUUAUUAUUGCUAUUCUUAACGUAUCUAAGUUGUAACUUUUAAAGUUAAAGUCGAUAUAUAUAUAUGUAUAAAUAUAUAUAUAUAUAUAUAUAUAUAUACAAGAAUAUACACUCUUAUACACAUAAAGUAAACUGCAAUAUAUAGAAAAAGGGAAUUACUUGAAUCAAAAAGCGAGAACCAACCACAUAUUACUGUACUUUCAACGAUAAUCGAUGUAGGAGUUCGAUGAUGUUAUGAAUCGGUUGGGCUUAGUUUUCAUUUCUCGACUGGGUUGGGGUGAAUCAAAAAUCAAAAUUGUGCUUGCAAUUAUAAUUAUGAAUUUAUUUUAAAGUACAACAAAUCCUUUAUUGGCCAAAGUAAACAACAACAAAGAAACAAAAGCGAAAAUGUGAGCAAAAGUCGAAGGCAAUUUGUUAUUAACUAUGUUGAAGUUCUCUUUCUCAUUAUUUCUCAAUCGAAUCAGGGGAACUUAGAAGAAGAAAAUUAAAAUGAAAAUGAAAAUGAAAAGAAAAACCUAUAACUUUUGUGUUCACAUUGAAAGCAAAAUGGUAAAUAAUGCUAAUUAAACAGUGGAUAGUUAGACAAAUAUGUUAAAGCAUUAAAUAUGACAAUGAAAGCGAAGUGAGAGAGAUUUCCGUAGCUCGAGGCAUAAAUCAAUUUAUUUGCUAAAAACAAAGAAAAAACAAUGGAAAAUCCAAAACAAUGAAAACUGCAAAAAGCAACUCCCUAAACAUGUAAGGAACACACAAUUUUUGAGAUACAAGAUACACGACACACACACACACAUACUUAUACACACAGAUGCAGACGACAAACACACACUGACAGAACACAGAUCUUACGGAUAAAUCAAAAAGAAACACUUAAACAAAUUACUUGGUAAGAGCAUAUGCAAAUAUAACAAUGAACUAUUAUACAUACAACAUAUAGUACGAUUAAGUAAAUAAAAUAUUUAUAAAACAAACGCGCAAAAUCGCAAAUGUUUGAACACUUAACUAAAUAUAUAUAUAUAUAUCUGUAAA